AUGCAACAACAACAACCAACCACUGAACAACAUCAAGCAUCGAUGAAACAACCACAACAAACGACAGGAUGGGCAAUUGGACAUUCCGUCAUGACGGGAUUGUAUGGCUAUGCCGUGGCUGAUUUGAUGCUUCUCUUUGUUGCCUUGUUCAUGUUUGUUCUUUCAUUGACUGGAAUGAUUGGUUUAUGGAGUCAUAUUCAUCCAGAACACAAGUCAAGAUUGGUGAGAUUUAACUAUAUGGGAUGUGUAUGGGGUUUGAAUUUCAUUUCCUUUUUGUAUGUCUUUAUGUGGGUGACAGAAUUUGCAUUUACUGGUCCAUUGUUUUAUUACAAUAACAGCAGCAUGAAUGGAUCAUUGGGAUGGGUGGUUAAUAUUUUGGUGUUGUUCCAUCCUGGUUUUGCUGUACCAUUGUCGGUCUUUCAAUGUCUCAUGGCUGGCCUGUCAUCGAUCACUUCGACUCGAUAUUAUGUGUUUACUGAGGAAAUUAGAAUGCAGCAAAUGCAACAAAUGAUGAUGAGUGGAGCUCAAGUAUCGGUUCCAACCACUACAAGCACAGUCGUAACGACCACCUACGCAUCGGGAAUGGAGCAACAACCUGUUCAAGAAUACAAGGAGGUUACAUUCACACCUGUGCAACCCACUUACCAUGCUGAGAAUAUUGUUCAAUAG